GUUCCUCAUGCUUGUGACAUUUCCUGUUUCAGUUUGACAGAUGCUAAUUUUUUCAUAAACGACAGCUCCUGUGCCUUGGCCUGCAGCGUUAUAUUCUUUCAAGCAUCAUGGGGAUUGUGGUGAAGAUGUUGCUAUGGGCCUGGAUGGUCCUGGACUCGGGGGUGCGUUCAGUCUCACUGCCAGAAAUCACCGAUGGGAAGUUCAUUGAUGAAUGUGUGAGGAAACACAACGAGGCGCGGUCCUCUGUCGGUCCGCCUGCAACUGAAAUGCUGUACAUGACGUGGGACGAGGGCUUGGCGAUCACUGCAAGAGCGUGGGCGAGGCGCUGUGUGUUUGAACACAACAUCUACCUCCGAGAUGUCCGCCGUGUGCACCCCACCUUCUCCUCUGUGGGAGAAAACAUCUGGACAAACUACCCCCCGUCAUCGUUUGAUGUGCAAAAGGCCAUGAACAGCUGGGUGGAUGAAAAGAAGCACUAUGACUACAAGAGCACCGUCUGCACUAAGGUCUGUGGCCACUACACACAGGUCGUGUGGGCCAGCACCUACAAGGUUGGUUGUGCCGUCCAGCUGUGUCCCAAUGGGGUGAAAAACUAUGCUUCUGAAGAAGGUGUCGUGUUUGUGUGCAACUAUGCGACGGCGGGGAAUGUGAACGGAAGGAGGCCUUAUGAACAGGGGCCAGGCUGCUCUGGAUGUAAAGGGGACUGUGAGGACAACCUCUGCCGUAGCCGAGAACAAGAGUCCCAGAAAAGGUACAACUGGACCCCCGACUGGGACGCCGCUCCGGCCACCAGCGGCUCCAACUACGUGACUAUUCUGGUUGUCCGGCCCACCGCCCUCCUCUUCACCUUCAUCACAGCGUAUGCAGUGCACCACUUUUACCCCGAUGUAUUCUGCUAUGAAUAGAGCACCUGUGGGGACCUUAACAACACACUCAGGAGGUGCUAAGAUGAAGAUGCAAGUUUUACUUAACCUUUGUUUUUCUCGUCUAUAGUCAGCUUUUAAGUUCUGAAAGAUCUGUACGUAGCGGUCAAAGGUCUAGUCG